CAGAACAUAAAAUCUGAAAUAGCUGAUGUGUCUGCUAAUCCUCAAGGUCUACUUCUAGAGGCCCUUCAUUCGGUUGGAUAUUCCGGGGCACUGGCAAAACCUUUGAUGGCUUCAGAAUCUGCUGUAAACCGGUUGGAUGUUAGCAGCUUGGAAGAAUUUGUUGCUGAACAUUACACUGCUCCCAGGAUGGUUCUUGCAGCAUCAAGAGUUGAUCAUGAUGCGCUGAUUUCAGUUGUAGAACCACUUCUGUCUGACCUUCCGUGCGUGAAACGUCCUGAAGAGCCAAAAUCUGUGUACGUGGGAGGCGACUGUCGCUGCCAAGCAGAUUCUCCAAACACACACAUCGCACUUGCUUUUGAGGUGCCAGGUGGUUGGAAUCAAGAGAAAACUGCAAUGGUUGUGACAGUGCUUCAGGUAUGCCUUACAACUGUUGAAAUGAUCUAACUAUUUAUGGAUA